UUCGGGGAGGAUCUCCAGCAUCGUCCUCGCGAAAUCCAGAUGCCCUCGCUGCGCAAAUGCCGAGAGAAGGAUGUUCCAGGAGAAGACAUUGCGCGAGGAAAUCCUGGAGAACGCAUCGACUGCCUCGUCCAGGCUCCCGCAAUCUCCAUACAUCCUCACGAGCGAAUUCUCCAGUACCGUUGAGCGGUAGCCAGCGCCGAGAAUCUGGCUGUGGAGCUGCCUGCCACGAGCUAGAUCGCGUGAAAUCCCACAUUCCCGGAGCAGCACGGCGAUCGUCGAGGAUCCAUUGCUCAUCAAUCAUCCUUUCCAAGAGCCCUAAAAUCAAGAACCCUAAUUUCUCCCUCGCGAUGGAAGGCCAGUUCUUUGGAGGCGCGGGGAUGCAGCAGCAGCAGCAAUUCGUGGCACCGCCGCAGCAAUCCCCAGUCGCAGCGCAGCAGCCGUUUGGAUCGCUUCCAGCGCCACCGCAUUUCCAAUACGGGUACGUCUCGCAGCAGCCGUUUCCUCCCUACAUUGCCACCGCCGCGGCGGCGCCUCCUCCUCCGCCGCCUCCUCCUCCUCCGAUCGCUCACAACAGCUUCUUCAAUCCCUGGGAGAUGCCGCCAACGCCCGUUCCUCCACCGCAGGACUCCGAGCUCCACAAGCGCAUCGACAAGCUUGUGGAGUUCUAUGUCAAGAACGGUCCCGGCUUUGAGGCACUGAUGAAAGAGAAGCAAAAGGAGAAUCCAGACUACGCGUUCUUGUUUGGAGCCGAUGGCCAUAGCUACUACCAGUACAAGCUCUGGAUCACGAUCAACCCCCACCUCGUGGCUUUCAAUCCAGCUCUCAACAUGGUGAACCAGGCUAUAGGAGUUUCUGCUGGGAUCACUCCACCGCCUCCGCCACCUCCGCCACCACCAUCGGCGGCGGCGGCUGCGAGUUCCUUCCCAGCGUUUUUUGAUCUGGCCGCCGCCGCUGCUGCCGCUUCUGCUCCGCCGGUCAUGCAUCACCCCCAGCAGCAGUUUUUCGAUCCAGCAUUGGCUACUGCUGCUACGCAGAUCAUCAGCUCGGAGAUGGUGGCGGAGUUGCAUGGUUUGCUGGAUAACUUGUCCGGGACUAAAGAGGCUAUCAAGAACGCUAGGAACUGGUUUGUGCAAAGGUCGACUUUUGCUCCCACGCUGGUGGAAGUUCUUCGAGAUAGAGUGACUAAAUCCGAUGGUAACGUUGACAGCCAGAUGAACAUCUUGUACCUUGUCAACGACAUUCUCUUCAGCAGCUUGCAGUCUCGACUCAACACCAAAGAGCUCGACGGCGUAGCACUGGCUUUUCGUCCUGUUUUAAGCUCCAUCCUGGUGGCAAUCUACCAAAAUCCUCGGGUGAAUGACGCCGAACGCGAACAGGUGGAGAAGAUGCUACAGUUUUGGCGUACCAAGGAGGUUUACGAUCCAGAUACUGUUUAUUCUCUCGACAAAGAGAUGAGAUUUGACUCAACAGCUGGUGGACGAUACGGAGAGAAAACAUUGCCGCCGCCAGAACCAGAGAGGGAUGAGGAUCAUCAGCUACAGUCGAGUGCUGCCAGCUUUCCAGCUCCUCCACAAAGCCCUUCAGUUGCUUCGCUCUUUCCAGCCUUGGCUCCGUUUCUUGCUGCACAAGCUCCAAGUACACAGACGCAACAGCCAGCAGGCCGGGCAGAGCAAGCUCCGUAUCCGUUUUUUCCACCGGGACUAAUUCCAGGCAUGGUCCGAAAGAUGCAAAUCGGAAGCGGCGUUCCAUACUCCCCUCUCAGCCCGCUGGACAUCCCGACAAUCAUACCGUCAUCCGCGACGUCGGAGUCACACAUCAUGGACCGAGUUUCGAAGUUUUUCAAGGAGAUCGGAGAGCCUGAUCCUCUAGCCGGGAAGUAUAAGCCGUCCGGGGACUCGGACGACGAGGGAGGAGGCAGCGGUGGUGCUCGAAUUCCUCCACCGCCUCAGAUGCAACAAGUCGAUCCACAGACUGGAACUUUGCCGGAUGGAAGUCUGGAACACAGACCGGGAAUGACAUCCACCGGAAGGUUGGGACUCGGGGCAGCCGCGGAUCCAAACGAGGCCACGCAGUAUGAUGAUGUCUACACGUCGUACAGGAAGCAGCGGAGCACAAACUACCAUACCUCUCUGAGUGCGAGAGCAGCGGCAGCACGAUAAAGAUAUUUGCAAGCUCUCACCGGUAUGUGGCUUGCUUGUACUUUAUCGUUCUUUUUUUUUCCUUCUUUCGUUUGUUUGCCUCUUUCUGGUUUCAUUCUCUGGCUUUUCACAAUGAGCGUCUAAUGAGUGAACUGUACAGAGCUCUUGCGUGCUUUAGGUGUUGCGAGUGAUCAUGCCACCACGUUGACGGGUAUGUUAGCCAUAACCAUGAGUUUUGUAUCUUGUUUUAGUCUUAUCAUGAAUCAGAUAUCUUGCGUGAUAUGGCUU